CCCAGGGCUCCUGGUGCGGGUGCUGCCGCCGCCGGUUCUGGAGAUGCCGCCGAGGGAUCCUCGACUGGUCGUGCUGCCGCUGCUGCCACCACUGCCACCAAGCGCAGCGCGAAAAAGUCAGAGUAAAAUCAACGCAAAACCUACAGCCAACCGGUUUGGGAGUGACGUUUCUUGGCGGUGCCUUCUCCGCAUGCGGCCUUGCUUCGCUUCACCUUUACUUUUCUCACAUUGUCUCAAUUAAAAACACUUUACCCCUUUUUUGCAUUUCGAUUGACAGAUGGGAGGAGAGAACAGCAAAUUGGCCUUCCGCAAGUGUGUGUUCCGCCUGGCCGAGCAGCGAAGCCUUCCCGAUAGCGCCGAGGAUGCAUGGAGCCCAUUUUGGCUGCUGCCUGAAGGACCAGGUGACGUAUUCUCGCUGGUGACGCCUGCCGAUAUCCGGCGAAUCCGCGACCAUGCGCAGGAGAACUUUAUAAAGCUUAUUGACAAGGUGUUCGAUCGGCUGCUGGUGAUGAAAGCAGCGCCUGAUCUGGCAAAAUCGCCUGCGAACACUAAGCAGCUGCUAAACUGCGUGCGCGUGCUGACACGUCUAAUCCCGUUCGCCUUCGAGCAGUGCCCUGACGGCAGCAGAAUCGAGGACAUAUUGCUGUGGACUCAGCGCCCGCGGCCUGGCAGCGGUGCGGACUAUAUACUGGGCCGCCAGCUGGUGGCAGCUACCAUCGACCUGCUCUUUACGUCCGGGUUUACGAUUCCGGCGGCUACAGUGGGCGAAAACGCGGUGGUGCGCUAUACGAUCUGGGAGAACGGUGUGGGGCAAACGUCAUCGCUGGGGUCGUCCAAGGAGCAUAUCAGUAACCGGGUCGAGGUUAUGCGCCUGCUACUGGUGUUGUGCUCAAAGACUAUGUAUGUGACGCCACCGCAUGCUGUGGCCCAGCCGAACGAGGCCCUGCACCUUGUAUCGUACAACACAAACAAGAAGAUGGUGCUUUGCCUGCUGUGCAGUCUGAUCAACACAGCGCUCAAGGACCGCACCCAGGGAUGGGCACUGCCGUACCGCAACUCGGCAGUACAGGACCCAUCAGAAACCCUGGCGCUGCAGUCGAUGCAAGCGCUGUUCAUCCUGCUUGACUACCAGACGCCGCCGACAAAAAAGGGCGCAUUAGAGCCUGCAGUAGAAGGUAGCGGCGAGGAGAACACGCCAUCGAUGGUUCUGGUUACCGGUACAGCUACUGGCGCGCAGAACCUGUUUAGCGUAUUCGUGUCAAAGCUGCACCGCAGCCAAGAGUUUGACUUUUUGAUCACCAACAUCCUGCGGCUGCUGGAAGAGGCGAUGCGCUCCAACUUGUCGAUCCUGGCGUCGGUGACCAAACAGCAGUCUCGCAGUAUCAUGCACCAGGAGGCCGCUAUCCUGCUGUGGACUCUGCUCGAGAGCAACAAACAGCUGAAGGAAUACCUGGUCGACCACAACUUGACACUGCGGCUGUUUGCCGUGCUGACAUAUUUCAUGCUCAACGGCUACAAUGACCCAGCACAGGCCGGCAUGGUGCGCACCAUCUCACACAUCCUUCAUUUCCUGUCUGAGGACAGCAGCUUCGCAACGCGCCUGAUGCAGCCCUUCGACCAGUCAAUUCUGCCCAGCACCAUGCGUAUGCCUGACCACUCGCUGACGCAUGCUGACUUUAUGAUCAACACCGUCUACACGCUGCUCAGUGCCUCGAAACCGUACCUGGUGCCGGUGUACUCGAACCUGCUGCUUCUAGUGCGCAAUGUCUCGCCAUAUCUGACUCAGAUGUGCAAUACCACUGCCGACCGGCUGGUCGCACUGUUUGACAUCAUCUCGUCACCGGCCUUCAUCAUCUCCGAGUCGUACCAUGUCAGAUGGCUGAUCUACUUGAUUGAAGUCUUUGACUACGUUGUGCACUACCGGGCCGUUGACAACCCACAUUUGAUGCUGAGCAUGGUCCGCUCGCGCGCCUGCUUCACACGCUUGCGGGACUUUGAUUUGGCUCUGGCUGAGAGGGAAUUGGCGGCUCUGCGCGACAAGAAGAGCAAGUCGGAAUCUGCACGCACCAUUGGGCGACGCACAAGCUCAAAUUCUGGAACACCUACAGCUGCCGGCGAAAGUCCCGGUGCGGAGAGUCUCCGGGAGACUGAUGCUGCCCAUACAGCCACGCCAGAGCCGCAGGAGGCUGCGGCAGACGGCACAGCGAGUCCAGCACUGUCCGCCAAGGCGCGCGGCAAGAUGCCUGACACAGGCGACAGCAGCGCUGCCAUUGGACGGGCGCAGUCGACAGCCAGUCUGGCCAAGCAAGGUAGUGGUGGCACGGGGGCGCGCCAGUUCCAGCCCAGCAAAGAGUGGGUGUUUUCGUGGCUGCCAGACUUGCCACUGGACCCGAUCAUUGCCGUGCUUGAGGUACUGGCGACACACAUCGACGAGAUUGCGAACCAGGUACAGGCUGAUGCUGAUGCGGCUGCGGCUGCUGCUGCCACCCCAGGCAGUGACGCCAAGGUGGACCCCAGUGACCCCAGCAGCGGCACACCUGGGCUUGCAACCAGCAACGCUGAAGCCACGCCUGUGCCAGCGGACCCGACCAGCACGAUUCUGCAGUGGCUCGGGUCUGAUGCAAUGGCUAAGGUGCUGCCUGACCUGGAGGAGUCGAUGCCGCAGAUCCGGCCACGGCUACAGGGCAUGAGUCCGGCACUAGUGGUGUGGUUCCGCAGCUUGCUGUGGAGUCUCAUCUAUGCGUCUGGAAUGAAGCCUUUUGGCGUGUGGAAGAACACCCAUGUCCGUUUGUUCGUCGUCAGGAACUCUGUCUAAUGGCAGGACUCUUUCUGCAGAUUUCUAUUUUUCUACCCAAUACACACUGUGCCACGUUUUUAGUAACAAACCAUGUCAGUCUUGCUGGUGCAUCAACAUCCGCAACUGCCAAAU